CGGACAACAGUUUCUCUCACUUCUUGACUCAAGGCAAACAAUAUAAUUUUUAUCUAUGGUUUCCGACCUCAAUCUCAAAAAAUCUUGGAACCCAAGGCUACUGAAGAAUAGAACCAAAGUGUGGGAAAAAGAACGGGAGUUACUCUCAGAGAGAAGAGAUGAGACUGCUCACGAAAAUGCGAACAAAGAAUUGCCAGCAAAAUAUAAUCAAUCUAAAUCAGUGCGGAUAGACUGGAUGUACAAAAAUCCUGCUGAGCACCAACCGGGCGGUGACGGAAAUAGUUGCACAAAUGACCAUCUUAAUAAACUUCCAAAACAUCUAAACAACCGAAAAACUUCACAAGGCUUAAGUGAUAUUCAUCAUAACUCAUCGAGCCCUGCACUCGAAAAACCAGCAACUAGUGUUGACAGCACAUUGCUGAAAAACGACCCAAUUUUUCUCGUAAGUCAAAAAGGAUCUCUAAACCGUCAGCCUCAGGCACCAAAACACAAGAGUCACGACAUUUCGAAAAUUUCAAAGACUCGUUUGAAUAACAAGAAGCGCUAGCCUUUCCUUGACAGACUACAACUGAAAUAAUGAUACACGAAUGUCUAAUAAUAAUAGCUUUAGUAUCGCAAACAGACCUUCAGAUAAAAAUUGGACCUGUCUAGGUUGCUUCAACUCAUAACGUAACUUUUGGUUUGUAAUCAAAAUAUUUUGGAGCCAUAGAUUCCUCCACUGAUUUACUCAUCCCCUUCGCUCAUUAUUCAAUGAACAAUUUGAAGAAUAUGCGAAGUGCUAGCCAGACGAGGUCAACCAGAUCAGGGAGUAGAUCGUUUUUGGGCUCAGGUAGAAGUUCGACUUCGACUUCGAGAUCAGGCUCAAGGUCACGUUCGGCUUCGAAUAGGGGAUCUUUCAAUCUACGAGAUUCUGUGGACAAUUAUUCGUUUACAGGCUUGCAAGCACCAGAGAAGAGAAUGGCCUUUGAUAAUCCGGAAGAACGAAAUCUCGAAAAAGAAUUGGAAAAGACCUUUUGGAUAAAAUUCCGUGAGAAUGUGGUAGACAACGAUAAUGCGUGGAUAAAGCUCUUUCUCUUUGCUUCUUUCAUAUCAGCCAUUGUGAUCCUUGCGAUUGAGUGCACUAUAUGUGGAUUGUUCUUUAGCAGUUUCAGGCUGAUUGAGUCAAAAAGUGACGACUUUAAUCCGGUGUUAGCAAUUUACGGGUAUUACAGAUCCUAUCUCAAACAAAAGAGAUAUGCUAUGGGUGCAUACCUAGCACUUUACAUCUAUGCGGAACUUUACCAGAUACUGACCACAUUAAUUGUUCUCUAUACAAGGAAUGUUUACCACUUGGUAUCCUCAAUUUUGUUUCUUGCUGCAAUGGCAAUAUAUGCGGGCAUUCAGUAUAACGAGAUUAAUACAACAAUUACUAGUUUUGCAGCAUACAAUCAACUGUUUACCUCCACAUCUGAUGCUUUUGGGUCUGGGACCGCUGCUGCAAAAGUUCACAUCAAAAGCUUAUCUAUUGCGGUGAUUAUCCUUGCGUCACUGAUUUGUGUGAUUCAGUUUGGAAUUGGGUUUCGAUUGAAAGACAAGUUUCAAAAGUUCACGGGAGAAACUAUUGGUAACAAUCGGAAAAUGAUCUACGCGAAUACAGUGUUCAACUUACAUCGCGAUGCUUUAUUGCUGGCUUUAUUCUUUGCACCAGGAUACUUUCUUCAAGCCGUGGUUAUAGCACCGAACAAAUCAGAUGCAGAGUUUGGUUUGACACUGGCUGCUUUGUUUCUUUCGGUGUUUGUUAUUUUUGGUGCAGAUUACUCCACGUCAAGAGAAAAGAAAUUAACUUCCACGAUCUUUUCAAUGUGCUGUACCAUUGGGUUGGGAUUUAUAAUAUUCAAGAUUGUGAGGGUGUAUCUUCGCUAUCAUUCAACUUAUCAAGAUUUACCUGGAAGGCAAUCAGUCGUUGCUUUCGGAGCUAUAACAAGCGUACUUCUACUUUGUUUGAUGGUCUUACUGUUUCUGGUGAUAAAAAACUUUGGAAUGGGAUUAUUUGACAUUUACGCAGGUAACUAUAAUUGGUUGACACGAGCGCAUAGAGGUCACAGAAGAAACAAUGACACAGGCUAUUCCAAGGUAGUUUCGGCCGAGCCAGGACAAAUAAAUGAGGGCUCAAAUGAUAUGAUAACGCCUGGCGAACUUUCUCCAGAUUUGAGAUUGUCAACUAUGCCUAAGAGGGACGAACUGGAGUUCUGAUUUGUUAAUGAUCAACACCCGAUUUAAUGAUAGCUAAAUUUGAGCGAUACAAGUUAGCUUAUCUCCCGUGUUGACAUCCAUAUUACAGAGGAAUUCAUCAUCAUCAGUCAGUAAGCGUUCUUUCUUGAAGAUCUGCAAUUGAUCACAUUGAAUAUGUUUCAGCUGUUGAUUAUGCUUAUUCAAAAGCUCAUUCUCUCGUAAAAGCGCCAAAAGUUUCCCGCGCAGAAAUCCAAGCGUUGUUCCGAGGUCCGGAUCUUCAUAAUCAUCAGGACCAAAUUCGAUGUAAUAUACUAUCGGCCGACUGAAAAGCUCUCUUUUUAGUUUGCCAUUCUUUUGGAUAAUGUUGGCUGAAACGUAUACAUGCGAGCAAUGCGUUGGAGUUUCAAUGAAUAAAUCCACUUGUUUAGAUAUUAGUCCCAGAUGGCAUCCAAUUAGUAUGAGUACUUGAUGGGUCAUGAUUGCGAUAAACAUGUAAGUAAAAAUUAAUGUUAUAUAUUUUGACCAAUUCGAAGCCAGCAAUUGUUUUGUCAAAUCAUUGCUAUUGUAUAGCUCAUAUAUUCUGGUGUGAAAAAGCAGAAUACAUCUUUUGAAAGACUCCAGAACUUCAAAUUCUUUCGAAGAAGGCAUCAUCUACCAAGAAUGUUUUA